AACUUGUAGUUUGACACUUAUCUCUCUCUCUCUCUCUCUCAUUCCGACUCUCUCCCUCGCUCUCUGAGCUUCAAAAUCAGGAACACAAUGUUAAGGGCUUCGCAUCUUCCGCCAUUGGCAACUCCAGCUAUUUCUGUACUCAGAUUCUCCCUAAUUUCCUCUACCAAUCACUUUUUUCCACCUUCAAACCUUCACAAAAUCUCCCCAUAUUCUUCACCAUCUCUCACUUUUCUCCCCAAAACCCUUGAACCAUCUCUACCUCGUCCCUUCCCUUUCGGCUUCAAGCGCCUAAUUCCCAUGGCGUCUCCCAAUGCAUCAGCUUCGUUUAGUGCUGAAAGUGGCUCUGGUGGUGGAAGGGAAAUACUGGUGCAGCAUCUACUUGUUAAAGAAGACGACGUUAAGCUUCUUUUAGAUCUUCAGCAGAGAAUUUCAGGAGGCGAAGACCUGAGUGAUCUUGCUGUUGAAUAUUCACUUUGCCCGUCCAAAGAAGAAGGUGGAAUGCUUGGGUGGGUGAGGAAGGGACAAAUGGUGCCUGAGUUUGAGGAGGCUGCAUUUAGUGCUCCUUUGAACAAGGUUGUUAGAUGUAAAACUAAAUUUGGAUGGCAUUUGUUGCAAGUCCUUUCGGAGAGGGAAGAAUCAUUACUAAAAGACAUUCAACCUGAAGAGCUUCAUGCUAGAAUACAAGAUCCCAGUUUCAUAGACGAGGCUCAAUUGAUUGAUGUCCGAGAACCUGAUGAAGUGGCUCAAGCUUCUUUGCCAGGUUUUGAGGUUCUUCCCCUUCGACAAUUUGGAACCUGGGGACCUGAGAUAUCUACUAAGUUUGACCCUCAGAAGGAUACUUAUGUUCUGUGUCACCAUGGUAUGCGGUCAUUACAGGUUGCCAAGUGGUUGCAGACGCAGGGAUUUAGGAAAGUAUACAACGUAGCUGGAGGAAUUCAUGCAUAUGCUCUAAAGGCUGAUCAGACAAUUCCAACGUACUGAUAUCUCCCAUCAGCUCAGUUUGCCUUUACUACUCCUGAUACUCUCUACAGUUUGAUGCGUCUCAUUGUCUGUUCCUUUGUACAAAGUAGAUUUCCAAUCUCAUUAUUUGCCCCCCUUUGCCAAUAAUUCUAUGGAGAAUUAACAUUUAAUAGAUCAGUUGAGUGAUAAUGUUGGGGUUAAAAAUAUCGUAUUAAUCACAGAAAUGAGUUUUAUGUCUUCCUAGUAAGUUCCUUUUCCCCCCCAAUUUCUAGUGAAAGUUAUGUUAAACGUGUUAGUGAUAAACUAAAGCCAAAAUCCAAAUGG